AUGUUGUCGCCAUCAGCGUCGUCCUCCGCAGUGACUAUUCCGACCCCUGGCAAGUCGAUCUUGAAGCGCCCUCCGCCUCCCCAACAGUCGUUCUUUUCCCUCGCGCGACUCUCCAAGCUCCUCCCGACUCAGACCCAACAGCCCUCCGCGACCAACGAUGAGACCAGCACACUGAAACGGGCACAUUUCAUACUUCCCGAGAUGACAACGGUUUACCCCAUCCUGGCGGCGAACCCUCCGUCAACUCCGACGCUCAAGGAGGAGAAGAAGUCCAUUGAGGAACGUGAACUUGAACGGAGAAAACGUAUCGUUCGAGGGAACAGCAUCUCCACCGACUCGUCCCAGGGCGACGAUUGGUGGACUAUGGAGAAGGUGGAAGCGUUCUACCGGGAGUGCUGCGUCGGUCGGGAAGAGGCACCCGACCCUGCUAUCUCCGCGGCAUUCAAACGCGCUGCUAGCACACACCCACGCACAAUCGACUUCUCGGGCAUUCAACUCAACCUUGGCGUCGCGUCGGUGUUGUCUGACGUGUUCACCAUCGAAUGGGGGCUACGCAAGUUGGUAUUCAAGGAAUGCGACUUGGACGACAUCAUUCUGAAACCAAUCCUCCACUCGUUGCUCAUUCCUGGCACGCUCACCUUCUUGUCUGUCUCUUCGAAUAGACGACUGAAGGCGCCUGCAUUCCGACUUAUUGGCGCAUAUGUCACCAAGGCCAAGACUUUGCAAUUCUUGGAUCUAUCACAGAAUGCAUUGGACAAGAAGUCCAUCGAGUAUAUCGCCGCGGCGCUGCCGGAAGCGCCUACUCCUGGUCUGGUUUCAUUACGUCUGGAUGACUGUCAACUCAAACCGCAAGCACUGGAUGCGCUGGCGCAUUCCGUGCGAAAGUCGUCUCUGCGAAACAUCUCCCUACGACACAACCGUAUUAGUGCGACAGGUGCCGUCGCAAUCGCUCUUAUGAUCAAGGACUAUCCCGAUCGGUUUCCCUCUACGAAUGAAAAUGGUUCAACUCCGCCCUCACCAGCGACAUCUACAUCCAGCUUCUCUCCGUUCAACUCUCCUCCGCCGACACCAACAACUCAGACGCGCUCGCUCCCUGGGCUAACAAUCCCCAACGGAACGCCCGCCGCACCUCCCAAGCCUGGCCCCAUCUUGCCUCCACCUCGACAUCCGGCGACUGCCCCACAAACCACGUACACUCCAUAUAUACCUCGAGCCCGACGCGGAGCCGCCGCCGCCGUGCCUACUCCCGGCAACACGAACCCUUUAUCGCCCUCCGGAAAGCCAAUACCCAUCAUCGCAUCUUCUGCCCAGGGUGGUGUCAUCGCGCGGCAUCCGGUGCCUCCGCCACCAUCGCAUCCGGCGAGUACUAACGGGCGGACGCUUGAGGCUCCACUGAAACAUGGACCAAGCGCAGCACUUCUCGAGCAAGUCCGAGCUUUGGACAAUCUGCCGAGGCUUGGCGCGCUGCAAACGCUUGACCUGAAGGGCAAUGACAUCAGAACCGGCAUCACUUACAUUGCUCAAGUUUUGAAGCGCAAUCGGACCCUCAAGGUGCUCAAUCUGAGCGAGAACAAACUCGAUGUUCAGGGUCUUGUUGCGGUUGCUGAGGCGUUGAAAUACAAUUCUUGCUUGGAGACGCUAGAUUUGAGUAAGAACCCUUGUUGUGGCCCGGGCUUGGAGGGGAUCCAAUCCCUCAGAACAGCGUUCACUCUCAACAACGCGCUCAAGCGAUUAUUCCUUUCCUCAACGUCAAUGACGUCCGCAGGUGCCAUCGCGUUGGCAGAGUUCUUGCCGGAGUCUGCUUCAUUGCUGCAUUUGGACCUCACGAUGAACAACCUGGACCUCGCGGGUGUUAUGGCUCUGAGCUCAGGCCUUAGGGCCAACCACGUGAUGCGGUGCUUGGAUCUGAACAUACCUCCAGGAGACGAAGGAAUGGCCAGAAUGUGUCGCGACAUCCUCGAGUCGUGCGUACGGAACACUGAGGAGGCUGAGAAGGCCUCUCAAGCUGGGACGGGGGGGAGAGGCGAGGCCAAGGGCGUCUGGGGUAUGCUCGAGCAGAGCGAGCUGGCGAAAUCCAUUCGCGAGGACGACAAGAAAAAGGUUGAGGGGCAGAUUGACACCUCUUCCCUCCUCAGUUCCCGGGACCCGACUGACAUCCCUUCCCCUCCCACGGAACAGACCGAGGCCGACCUUGUGCUUCAGGCUCGUACGCGGAAGACCGAGCUCGAAGACCUACUCGCCCGUACACCAUCGUCUUCGUCGUCGUCCGCGCCUCUGUUGUCGAUCGAAGGCCCUGAUGCCGAGCUACUGCAGACGACUCGGGAGAUGAUGAGGUCCAUCGUGUCCGCGAUUGAGAGGACGACGGAUUCCGCUCGACUCGAGUCCUUGCUCACAUUGAACGACGAGCUGAUGAAUCUCCUCGGCCGACUGGAGCCCAAGCCUGAAGGCCUCAAGCUUCAGGGAGUCGAGAUUCAGCCUAGCAACGGCGACGCUGUGGGCAACGGCCAUACCGGUCACACACCAGAGGGAAGCGCCUCGAGUGCACAGGAGCUCGAGCCGCCGUCUGAUGACGAGCCUAUCACACCGCGUCUCGACAAGGGUAAGCGUAGAGCCGAGCCAGAACCGGAGCCGGUGGAAAGCGUCCUUAGUCCAACGUUCUUGAUCACGGAGUCGGACGACGAAGAGGGGGGGACGCCCCCACUGACGGCGGAUCCUGAGGAACUUGUGUCUCCGACGGACCUCUCGAGGAGGCUGGUAGAAGAGGAGGGGGAGGUCUUCAGAAAAGGAGCUGUACUCCUAACGACUGAAGAUAUGGAAGGCGAGUACGAUAGUGAGGAACUCAGGAAGGAGCUGCUGGAGGCUAUGGUGGAACGGCCACCUCCUCGAAUGGUGGACGAAUACGGUGCCGAGGUUCCUCCGCCUCUCGACAAGCCCAUCUCACCACUUGAGGAACCGAAGAAGCCUCCACCGCGGCCGUACAUCCGUCGUUCGCGCUCGUCAUCGUCGACGCCCUCGAUAGACGGCCAGAGCGUCGUGUCGCCUGUUGACAACGCACGCAGUCUGCCUGGUUCCGUCACGGCAAGCCCAAUCUCGCCAUCAGCAGCAAAGCUGCCUCUUCUCGGUCGCAGGUCAUCUACCAGUUCCAUAUCUAGCUCCAUCCAGGAGGCUCCUGAACCAACUACGUGA